AAUGAGGUUUGACCAGCAGAGUUAGAGCCCACCUCUGGCUGAAAAGCACUGACAUUUAGACUGCAGGCUUCAACCUGUUUACAAGCGGCUUUCCAAGGGCCUUGGAGGUGGAGGGUAGAGCCAAACAAAACACCAGCCGCCAGCCGCCCCCCAAACUAGAAGUGGCUUUCGGGAGACUUCACAUCAACAGGCACCACCAAAAAGAGAAAGGAAGGAGAAGAAAACAACAGCGCCUGGGCAGCUGCCUCCAGUUCUGACAACUCCAAAGAGACACACUUUUUAAGUUGGCCAGCAGGCUGGGACUCUGCAGGGAAGGACCAGAAGGUGCCAACCGCAGAGGGGCGCAGAUGUCUUCCUGCACCCCCACCCCACCCACUUUGGGUUUUGUUCACCGUGCUGUCAUCUGUUUUUCAGACCUCUUUUGCAUCUAACAUGGUGAAGAAAGGAGUGAAGAAGAGAACAAAGUAACCCCUGAGUGGGGAGCGGAGAGCGCUGGUGACCGACACCACCAGUUCCUACUGCUGCGGCCACCCACGUCCACUGUUCACCCGGAGACUGGAGAGAUACAAGCAGCGGAUCUGAGAACGGAGCGAGGACAGGCAGCCGGCACUUCCGAGGAGUUAUGGAUGUUGGUGUAUUCGCUUCUGGCCAGAUCCGUACCCGGAGGGAGCUAACCAGUAGCCACCACCUCCAGCUGUCUCUUUGCCUCGCACCAGGUCUUACCCUUCCAGUAUGUUCCUUCUGAUGAGACAAUUUUCAGUGCCGAGAGUUUCAGUACAAUGUGGAAAUGGAUACUGACACAUUGUGCCUCAGCCUUUCCCCACCUGCCGAGCUGCUGUUGCUGCUUCUUGUUGCUCUUCUUGGUGUCUUCCGUCCCUGUCACCUGCCAAGCUCCUGGUCAGGACAUGGUGUCACCGGAGGCCACCAACUCCUCUUCCUCCUCCUCCUCUUCCUCCUCCUCCUCGUCCUCCUCCUUGUCCUCUCCUUCCAGUGCGGGGAGGCAUGUGCGGAGCUACAAUCACCUCCAAGGAGAUGUCCGCUGGAGAAAGCUGUUCUCCUUCACCAAGUACUUUCUCAAGAUUGAGAAGAACGGAAAGGUCAGCGGUACCAAGAAGGAAAACUGUCCGUACAGUAUCCUAGAGAUAACAUCAGUGGAAAUCGGAGUUGUUGCCGUCAAAGCCAUUAACAGCAACUAUUACUUAGCCAUGAACAAGAAGGGGAAACUCUAUGGCUCAAAAGAAUUUAACAACGACUGUAAGCUGAAAGAGAGGAUAGAGGAAAAUGGAUACAACACCUAUGCAUCCUUUAACUGGCAGCACAAUGGCAGGCAAAUGUAUGUAGCAUUGAAUGGAAAAGGAGCUCCCAGGAGAGGACAAAAAACACGAAGGAAAAACACCUCUGCUCAUUUCCUCCCAAUGGUGGUCCACUCAUAGAAGAAGGCACCAUUGGUGGAUGCAAUACAACCAAAGACUCUUUGACCAGGAAGAGUUAGAGUUGGUAUCCUCACAGAAGACUGUAGAGUAAAAGGCAAAGGCAUAUCACAGAGUUCAACCUGCUUAAAGGAAGGAAGGCUUUGGAGUCUUUGGUACUCACUGCUGACAUAUGAAGUUCUUUUCAUUAGCUCUGUGUCAUGCCUUAUACCCAAGGUAGAGGCAAAUCAAAUGGAAUGGAAGUUAUCCCCAAGUGAACAACACUGUGGGCUGGGUUUUGUUUGUUUGUUUGUUUGUUUAAGUUUUUGCUUUUGGACUUCGGAGAUAGAACUUAAAGGACAUGGAACAAUCCGUCGAAUGAUCUUUGGGAAAGUUAUUUAUGGAAUAUGAACACAUAUCAAAGACUUUCAUUGCUCAUUCAAGCCUGAUGAAUCAAUGAGCAGGAAGACACGCAAGCAUUUACUGGAAAGCACUUGGGUCAUAUCAAUGUGCACAACCAAAGGAGCUUUGGGUGUGGCACCAGGGAAGAAUUGGAUCAGAUUUACAAAUAUAAGCAUAUUAGUGUGAAACUGUUCUAACAAUACAAAUAGUAUGGUAUGCUUGUGCAUUCUGCCUUCAUCCUUUACUAUUUCUUUCUAAGUUAUUUAUUUAAUAGGAUGUUAAAUAUCUUUUGGGGUUUUAAAGAGUAUCCUCAGCGCUGCCCUCUGAUUUGCCUUCUCAUUUUUUUUUUUAAUUUUGGCGUCCUAUGCAUGACCAUGACAAAGUGUUUUAAGAACUUGGUAAACACUUCAGAAACAGGAGAUGAGAUCAAGGGAGCAGCACAAGGGCCCUAUGUGCUAUCAGUUGACUUCAUUUACACUUCUGCAGUAAGAACCAUCAGUGAUGACUAUAGCAGAGUUCUGCUGUAGCUUGAGGAAUAGAUAUGUGUCAUCAUUUGCCAACACGUGUCAGUUCUGAGGCUUCCUUACUUAAAAACAUAUAAGGCCAAGCGAAUUCUCUUUCAUUGCCUUAUUUUAUCUCCAUAAGUAUACUAAAGCAAAGGAAAUGAAUUAUUAGAGUUUAGCCUAACCUUGUUUUUUUGUUUGUUUGCUUUUUGUUUUCUUUUUUUGUUUUUUUCUGAUGAUGGUUCACUAUAGGUCACAGUCACAAAUGACGGAAAGGUUAUCUAAAUCCCACAGAAUGCUUCUCCCCAAAAGGAACCAAAAAGCAAUUUGGUAUGACGUACAACUCUCCCAGGGGCUAAAACUGAGCAAAUAUAUCCUGGUAUAUGUGUAACCAUAUACUGAAACCUGUUCAAGCUGUAUGAUCUAGUCUUUACAAAACCAAAUAAAGCUUGUUUUCUGUACAUUUAAAGUGUUCUAGAAGAUUCCAUAAUAUAACCACAUCAAAAUUCAUUUUCUUAGAGCAGGUAUAGAAAGCAGUACGUAAGUGUACAACUCACUGUCACUUUGUAUUUCACUAAAUAAACACAUAAGCCUUAUUUGCAGUGUCUGUAAUGAUUUAAACAUGUAAAAAACAUUAUUUGUUCUAAAUAUUUUUUAUUUUUUGGUUUUUCGAGACAGGGUUUCUCUGUGGUUUUGGAGCCUGUCCUGGAACUAGCUCUUGUAGACCAGGCUGGUCUCGAACUCACAGAGAUCUGCCUGCCUCUGCCUCCCAAGUGCUGGGAUUAAAGGCGUGCGCCACCACCACCCGGCUGUUCUAAAUAUUUUAAAGGAUAAUUCUAAGUCUAUAUUGAUGCUGCAGUUUUAUCUUCUUAUUUCUUGUUUUGGGAAGAUCUGUUCAUUUUUUAUUGUCUGGAUACAGUAUUUUGGUACAAACAAAAGACUAAGCAAGCAUUCUUUUUACUAAUAAUUUAACCUCUACAACGGCUGGUGAUUUGUGGACCUUUUGCCAGUGCAAAUCAAUUACUUAAAAUAUUGAGUUAAAAGCUAAUCAGUUAUUUAAAAAUCCACUUUGUUGAGAAUGAUCUAAUUCCACAAAAGUUAUACUUUGUGAUUUCUUUGUAAAGCGUUAGUUCAAGAGAAGUGCACAGAGUCACAGUGCUUAUGUUUAUGGGUAUUGCUGCAUUUCAUGGUAUUUUUCAUUCAGCUUGUUUUGUGACAAAUGGGAUUUUAAAAAUGUAUGCUUUUUUUGUGGUUGGAUUCUGUAUGUUAACAUUUAAUUGGUAACUGGGUCUGAGAGCUCUAAUGUAAUGCAUUCCUAGAAAAACUAGGUGUCUCUCUUUUUCUUUUAUUUUAAAAUAAUAAUUAUACCUGACACAUGAACACAGACCACCCACAACCAAAAUUAAAUGUUUGGGGAGACAAACUAUAGUAUUCAAUGACCAGAGUAACAGCAAAUAGGGCAGACGUUGGAUUCUUAUUUCACAUUGCCAUUUAGAUUACUAAAGAGACUACGUGUAAACAGUCAUCAUUAUAGUACUCAAGACAUUAAACAGCUUCUAGCAAAAUGUAUCAAAGCUUGCAAAGUCCAAAAAUAGAAAACAUCUUUCCCCCCUUCCCCACGCUACACCGUUCUCUGUAUACAAGUUAACAGAGAUAAAUACAGAAACAAUUCAAUAAGGAGCGAGGAUUUUUCCUCAUUAAAAAAAAAAAAAAUACCGCGUCUUUGUUUGAUAAUAGCAGUCCC